UAUUAAACAGUAUUGCUGUAUAAUAAUAAUAAUAUUGUGAUGUAUCAUGUAACCAGUUAUUGAUCUAGAUAUGACUCUCAUAUGUGCAAUCAGGGGUUUGGAGAGCAGAAUGUGUGUUGUGUUUCCACUCAUCUCUCUCUCUUUCUCACACACACAGGGUCGCAGUUCCAGAGUAAAUGGAAGGAAGCAGGCUGUGAUGGCUGGAGCACUUCAGGAUCACAUCAUCCGGAGUGUUGCACACCUUCACCACCCCAGCUUUCCCUCACCUUCUACACACCGCAUGCACACACGCCGUGAUGAUGAGCGGGACUUUGUGCUGGACUCUCCUCAGCCUCCGCUCACACUGGCUCAGACACUGGGUUUAGUAGCAGCUCCCAGCAGCAGAAGGCUGACUGUAGACGAGUGGACAGAGGUAAAAUCUCGCUCCAUAGUGAACGGAGACUCCACUCAGCCCUGCAUCAUCUGCACCGAGGAGUUCCGCCUCCAGCCACAGGUUUUACUUUCCUGUUCUCACGUCUUUCACAAAGCGUGUCUGAAGAACUUUGAGCGCUUUUCGGGCAGGAAGUGUUGUCCGCUGUGCAGGAAGGAGCAGUACGAGACCCGAGUGAUACACGACGGAGCGAGACUCUACAAAGAGAAGUGCGCUCUCAGGAUUCAGGCCUGGUGGCGAGGCUGCGUUGCCCGAAAGUGGUACAGAGACACGAGGAAAGUCGUGCCACCCAACGACCCGCAGUUACGACGCAGAUUCUUCGAGGAAAAGUUUCAGGAGAUGAACGAGAGCCUGGUGCAGUUGUGCUGCAGCGACGUCGACUCGUUCCUGUGUGAAAUCGACCGGAGCGUCGCCCAGAGCCGAGACGUCUUCCACCUCUUCGAUCGCUUACGGAGCAGCAGCAGGGGAUUGGAGGAAGAGGAGUGGAUGAAGGCUCAGGAGAAGGCGCUCCAGCGGGACACUCGUGACUGUCCGAUCUGCCUGACUCCUCUGCGAAGCGCACACUCGUCCACUCCACUUGUCCUGCUUUCCUGCUCCCAUCUGUUCCAUCAGUCCUGCCUGAGAGUGUCCGAGUCCUUCUGCCAGGAGGGCGGCGCCACCUGCCCACUCUGUCGGUGUCACUACGUCUUUGCGCCUGUCUACGACUUCGCCCAUAACCAUACAAGGUGUCACCAAAACAGCUCUGACUCAUCAAGACAUGGACUCCACAAGCUUUCUGAAGGUGGGCUGGGGGAUCCAGCACCCAAAUGUUAGCAACCGAUCCUGGAAGUUGCGAGGUGGAGCCUCUACAGACCUUGGAGGCCAAGCCAACACCUUGAGCUCAGGGAAUACCGGACCCAAGGUUUCCCAGCAGAACAUCUCACUGGUGCCAUCAGGUAAGGUCUGCCCCAGUGUAGGUGCUUGGAGUGGUGGCCAGCCCUCUAAUACAGCACUUUGUGCUCCAGUAGCUCAUCCAUGGGAUCGGAUCAAGCAGGGUCACGACCCAGCCAUCACGCUUUAGCCCUGGUCAGUGUCACUAACACAUCGACUACAAGAACUGACUUCACAUUUUAGCGUUAUGGUUGUUUGUGUACUGGGUAUGUUACCGAGUGCCUUGAGCAGCUCCUCUCGGACAGCGGAGGUGAACUUGGUGAUUAAACACAGCGUGGUCACCACAGCGAACAGCAGGUUAUAUGACACCACGAUGUAGAAAUUCCCCAACCAGUUAAACCGACCGAAAUCCCCCAACAAGUCGAACCUUGUUAUUCCUAACACACACACGGAGAAAAGAUGGGACACAACCAACACAUUAAUAAACAUUGGUGUAUAAUGGAAGGCUCUCUCUCUCUCACACACACGCCUCUUACCAAGAGUGCGGGACAUGACCGGGAGUGCAGAGCUCAAGACCAGGAUGGACACACAGCAACCGAUGAUCUGGAACAACGAGUCAAACACACUGAAUUUAAAGUCAACUCCUUAGAGCUGCUUCAUGGA